AUGCUGUCUGGUGCGGUGAUACAGCAGAUAGAACAUUAUACGAACGAUGAAGACUUCAAAUCUAUAUCUGGAGAGAGAUCAUCAACAUUAGGAAACGGAAACUACCAUGCGGACAACAAGAAACGCAAAAAUAAUGCUCACGUUCUUUCACUCUGGUCAUGCUCAGCGGAGUGUAUAGCGAGACAGCUGGACAAAGACAAUGACAAACGGCCGGCGUAUAGUAUCCUCCAGACGCCUGUUUCUUACAAGAGGAGGGCGAAGACGAAGAAGGUGGAUGCCCAUGUUGUAGUUGACGACUCUCAUGAUGCAGUUGCAGUUGACGAC